AAUAUUUUAAGUAUCACAUUAUUCAAUUUCGGAUCAUAAAUAGUCCCAAAUUUCUUAAUUUUCUCAAACCUUCGUCACUUUCUCCUCCAAACAAUGGCUUCAGCGACACCUUCAAGCUCCUUCUGCAGCUACCUAAAGGUUUGCUCCAAACCCAACAAUGGUAGAACCAGAGCUUCCUCUUUUCCUCGCAUUCUGUUCUGUCAGAAGCACCACGAUGAUGUUCCCACCGACCAAAUCAACCGAAGAGAACUCAUAUUGAGAAGCAGUGAAAUAGCGACCAUUGGUGCUAUCUUCAACUUCAGUGGGAAAAAACCUGAUUAUCUUGGAGUGCAGAAAAACCCACCAGCAUUAGCUCUGUGUCCAGCAACUAAGAACUGUGUAUCAACUUCUGAGAAUAUCAGUGAUCGCACACAUUAUGCUCCUCCUUGGAACUAUAAUCCUGAAGGCAGGAAAACUCCUGUGAGCAGAGAGGAAGCAAUGGAGGAACUGAUAGACGUUAUUGAGUCAACAACACCAGACAAAUUUACACCAAAGAUAGUUGAAAGGAAAGAAGACUAUAUCCGUGUAGAGUAUCAAAGCUCAAUCUUGGGGUUUGUGGAUGAUGUUGAGUUCUGGUUUCCACCUGAUAAGGGUUCUACUGUGGAGUAUAGAUCUGCCUCUCGGUUGGGAAACUUUGAUUUUGAUCUGAAUAGGAAAAGAAUAAAGGCACUGCGACAAGAGUUGGAGAAGAAAGGAUGGGCAUCUCAAGACACGAUAUGAUGAUAAACUCAGCCAGAAAUCACACAUUGAAACAAAUCUCACAUAAUCAUCAUUGAAAUUAAUUUUUUUCUUUGAUGAUUGGAACUAACCUCAUAUCUUCUUCAACUUCUUUAGUUACUCCACUUGUUAGUUCAAUCUACAAUCAAUCAUUCUUGUUUCAAGAAUUUUUAUUUCUUGUGGUGGAAAGUUUGUCUACGUUUUUCUAAUUUAUGAUACAUCGAUGCCAUGUUUUCAAAGACUUUCUAAUUUCCUUAAUAUUUUUAAAUGAGAAUU